CCACUUGAAGCUCAGAGCCGCGUCGCUGCCCGCUGUACUCCAGCAAAAGAUCGACACAUCCAGCGAGCUGGAGGCGUCUGUAAGCGUCAUCACGCUGCUCACGACCCAGGAGGCGACCGAAGAUGCGCUGGAGGAGGACGACGUGUUCGACCCGAGCACGGCUCUGCAGACUGUGGCGAGUUUGUUCCUCGCUCACCUCGCCGUCUUGCAGCUGCCGGAGAAGAACGGCAAGCCCGACUUCAUGGACGCGUGGUCGGCCGUCAUCAGUAAGAUCUCCCCGGACGUCGUCACCGCGCGGGACUUCUUGACGCUCAUCGGCAGCGACGAAGCUACUGGCGGUCUCAGCAUCCGUGCUCGGAACUACAACUACGCGCAGCUCGUUGCGGAUCCUGAGGACGCGCUGGGUAGCGCACUCGUGAGGGCGGCGUCGGGUACUCAGGUGCUUGAUAUCCUCACAGGUCUGCUGUCGGGCGCCCCUGCCGGCCUGUUCUGCCCCAACAUGUUCCGCGGCACGAUCUCCGCUUCGCUGAUGUCUCUGCUGGAGCAGCGGGACGAGCCUCUGAGCGAUUUCCAGUGGGAAUUGGUGGCGAAGCUCGUGCACUCGAUCCGCUUGAUCAUGGGUAGCUCCGAGCGCCUACCGACGAUGCCGGUUGAUCCGGAGUCAGCGAUGGGGAAGCUGCUGUUCCGACUGCUGCGCCGCUCAGAAGACAAGUACGACGGUGACGCUAUCGUAGCAGUGCUGAAAGAGCUGCUGGCCACGCGCGUGCGCAAGUUCAUCCGCUUCAACGAGGCUCGAUACCUGGCAUUGGUGGAGCGGAUGGUCGGGUACACACACGAGAGCGUUGUCGAGGACGCCUUCGACCCGCACGCACUGGACCAGGACGUCUGGAAGUUUGACUCGACGAAGGCCCAGAAAUUUGCAGCGGAGACUCCGUUCUUCCACGCGUUCGAGCAGUGCGCGAGCAACCUCAUCCGCUGCAUAGUAGUGUCGCCGAAGAAGUACGGAGACGCCACACAAGCGGUGCCGACGCUGCAGGAACUGUGGCCGACGUGCACUGAGGAACUGCCCAAGUUCCUGCUCCUUCAGAAGCGAUCAGCUCGGUACCGCAUCGUCCGCAAUGCAGGCGCGGCGGAAGCAAAGAUCAACUGGGAGUUGAAUACUACGCUGGGCAAGUGUCUUGGUAGCGUGUUAUACCGGGAGCUAGCGAUGCAGGUUCUGCGCAAGAAGUACGACGCGUUCUUGAGGGAGCUGCGCGAGCGCCGUGCCAACGAAGCAGCCGAGCAGAGAUGGAGCCGAGCGCUGAAGACCGCGCGGGCGUCCUCCAUGGACCAGUUCCUGGCUCAGCUCGCGCUCAUUCGUGACAGCUCCAGCCGUGAGCACAUGCUGCUCUGGAAGGCGUUGAAGCAGCUUGGCAGUGGGGACAAGCAGCCCGAGCACUACGAGGAGAAGCUCGAAGUUCUCAUCACCGGCCGGACGAAGACGGCGCACGGAGACUACGAGGUCAUUUUCAACCGCGGCAACCUGCACCCGCACCCGAACAAGCUGGCCCCGAUGUCCGCGGACUUCCAGUCCAAGCUACGCGAGCUCCAGCGCAAGUACAACUGGCCGACUCACCACACGUACCGGGCCGGCAAGCCCAACCGCAAUGGCCACUCGAACGAGAAGCCCUCCGAGUGGGCCAAGAAGCGCUCGAUGGCCACGAAGACGUUCUGGGAGGAAGACUAG